AUCCUCCCAUGACUAUGUCCUUACUAGCUUUGAAUCUUCCUUCCAUCGCGGCAAUGGGAGAAAUUGGCCACCGAGGGGGGCCAGGCCGGAAGGGCCGCGUGGACCUAUUCCCCCCCCGCCGCAUGAGGCCACCCCGCAGGCGAUCCUGUUCGAGACGGCCGCCGAGAAACGAGCGGCCUGUAAGAAGUAAAGGUGCUUCGCGCGCCCGUGCGCAGCCCGUUGAAGAGCUCCAUCCCCGGAGCGCGCCGCACACCUCCACCGUGAGUGUGUCGCGCUCUGAUCACCGAAUCGUUGAGCAGACUUGAAAUCGAGGCCACCACCCCCUGCCGGGCCACCUCGUCCUCGUCCCGACGGAGCCCUCGACGGUGUGGAGCAUGCGCUCGUUGUCGAGGUGCUGCUGCUCCUGGCCGGCCUGAAGGGCCUGCGCGUGGGCCUCGGCGGGCUGAGGCGCUAUGGCGGCUCGGCGCCGCGGGCGCCCGCUGCGGAGCUCCGCUCUGGCCGCCCGCUGCGGAGCUCCGCUCUGGCCGCCCGCCGUGGGCGCCCUGGCUGGCGAAGAGCCCAGGCACACUGGGCACCAUUCCGAUGGGCAGGCCUGCCUGGGCCGGGCGGGGCACCAUUCCGACGUCCGCGUGUGGCAGGUGGCGGGUCCACCGGUCCACAGGGCCGCGGGGGCGGGGGGGAGCGACGCCUGCGGCUGCGCCAACUGGCUGCUGGCGAGCUGGCUGCCAGUGAGCCUCUCCCUCGGCGGGGGGCUGCUGCUGGGGCGUGGAGGCUGAGCUUCAGGUGCCUGGCAGCUGCGGGCGCGCGGGCAGAUCCGGCCGCCGCGGCGGGCCCCUCCUUGAGCCUCUUCGCUGCGCGCGGUGGCCGCCAGAUGCAUAGCUUGGCGGCGGGUGCUCCAGCGCGGCGCCCGCCUCCUCGUCGAGGCCCGCGGCUGCACCCCGGAUGGCGGCCGCGUCGUCGGAGCCGUGAGAGCAGGCGUCGAGGUGGACCCCCAGUCCCCCCGCGCGGCCGCGCUGGCACCCUCGUCGGCGGGGGCCCUGGACUCCGAAGACGCCCGCCGGGGCUUCUCGACCC